AUGAGCGCGAGCACGGCAAGCAGCCGGCAGUUCUCCCGGCGCCAGUCCAUAGAUCCACACUCCAAGUCCAGCCAAGCAGCCGCUCAUGGCGCCCUUAGAGCCAACCCCGCGAUUCCGCCUCCCACGCCUAAGGGAAAGCCAGCGAAGUACGGGCUGGGCGAGGACUCGAUGAUCGGGCAGGAGAUCAAGCACCUCGAGUCCGAAUCGUUCAACGCGGACCAGUUCAUGCAGGCCAAAUGCAAGGCCAUGAGCGAAAAGUCGCUGCGGAAGCUGUGCGCGGAACUGGUGGACUUCAAGCGCGCGUCCGCGGAGGAGAUGCGCAAGAGCGUGUACGCCAACUAUAAGUCCUUCAUUCGCACGGCAAAGGAGAUAUCAGAGCUGGAGGGCGAGCUGCGCAACGUGCGCUCGCUGCUCACCGCGCAGUCCACGCUCAUCCACUCCCUCUCCGACCGCUCGCCCAUUGUCCAGUCCCACCUCGCCGACCCCGACCGCUCCGUCUACGAGGACGACAAGGAAGCUUCCUCGCAGGAGGCCAAUCUGCUGCAGAUCCCAGACAAAAUGGCCGUGUGCCUGGCAGAAAGGCGGAUAGACGAGGCGUUGGAUCUCUUAGCCAAAGGGGAGGAUGCUGUGGUGAUGUGCCGUGCGGGGCAGCGACCAGCAGUGAAUAAAGACUCUCUGGAGACCUUAGAUUCGAGCCUUGCUGAGAAGCGCGCCGAGCUUGUUGACCUGCUGGCCAGGAUCACCCUGCAGCCGUCGGUUCGGCGAGCGGAGCUUCGGCACGCCGUGGCUGCGCUGGCGAGGCUCGGCGACCCGAAACGGGCCCACACACUCAUGCUGGCGUGUCACGGCGCGCAGGUGCAGGCGGCUGUGCAACCGCUGCGACCGGGGGGCGUAUCCUACGGUGCAGCUUACACGGCGAAGAUCUCACGGCUGGUAUUCUCCACGAUCCUGGCCGCAGCACAGGACUCCAAGGCCGUGUUCGGCGACACGCCCUCCUGCGCCUCAGAGCUGGUGCUCUGGGCGCACGGGCAGACCGAAUGGUGCGGGGACCUGCUUCAACAGUACGUACUGACGUCGGCAGCGGCAGCUGGCGGGCUGCGAUUGGCCGCCGAGUGCGUGCAGAUCGCGGUGGGGCAUUGUUCGCUGCUGGAGGACCAUGGGCUGGCCAUGGCCGCCGUGCUCAUGCGCCUCGUGCGCCCCAAUGUGGAGCUGGCGUUGGAGGCGAACAUAAGGCGGAUAGAGGAGAGCGUGCAGGCCAUGGCUGCCGGGGACGACUGGUCGCUGCUGCCUGUGCCGUCGGCUCCGCGCAGCGCUGCUGCUCGGAUGCUGGCUGAUGCUCCUGUUGCGAAUUUCCAGCUUACCAGCAGCGCGUACCGCCUCUAUUCCAUGGUGCAGGACUUUCUAGAGGACGUGGUGCCAAUAGUGAAUCUGCAGCUCACCACACCAACCCUGGACGGGCUAGCGCACCUCUACUCCCAGUACACCGCCAUGCUCAACCGCGCCCGCACCCCUGAAGACUCCUCUGAUUGGGACGCCUCCGCCUCUGCCGCCUUUGCCGCCUCCACCAGCCAAGCCGGGGGCCCCGGGGACGCCGGGGAGGGGGAGGGAGGCGGCGCAGGGGCGGCAGGAAUCGUGAACAAGGCAGUGACGGACCGGCAGCAGCUGGCUCUGAUUGCCAACGCGGUUACUCUAGCAGAGGAGCUCCCGAGGCUGGCAGCGCGGCUAACGCAGCCGGUGGCGGGGCAGCGGGCGAGCCGGGAGCAGAGAAGGAGUUCGGGAGGGGAGGCGAAGCGGCAGCAGCUGCUGGCGUGGAAGAAGCAGCUGAGUGAGGGCGUGGAGGAUCUGAAAAUGGGGUUCUGUAUGCAGAAGGCCACUGAGCUGCUGUAUCCCGAUGCGUGCAUGGAUGAUGCCUUGCUGCCCCACCUCUACUUCCUCAUGGAUCAGGUGGAGUCAGAUCCCUCGCUCUGGUUCAAUGAUGCGCAGCCAUCCGAGGCUCUCAAGAACUUCCUGUUCAUGACGCUGACCGUAUCGGAUGCGGCAUCAGAGGUGCUGGCGGGGCGGGACCGCCUGGUGCUGCAGCUGCUCACACAGUACGGGCUGGCGCUGCUCACACUCAUCUGCCAUGACAAGGCCUGGGAGGACAGCCACAACUUCGUCGGGCCCACCGGGCUGCAGCAGGUGGGUGUUUGGGCUGCAGCAGGCGCGUGUUUGGGCUGCAGCAGGUGGGUGUUUGGGCUGCAGCAGGUGGGUGUGGGCGAUGCAGCAGGUGGGUGUGGGAGAGGCAGCAGGUGCGUGUUUGGGCUGCAGCAGGUGGGUGUUUGGGCUGCAGCAGGUGGGUGUUUGGGCUGCAGCAGGUGCGUGUUUGGGCUGCAGCAGGUGGGUGUUUGGGCUGCAGCAGGUGGGUGUGGGCGAUGCAGCAGGUGGGUGUGGGAGAGGCAGCAGUUCCUGAUGGACAUCUCAUUCCUCAAGGAGGUGGCGGCAUGCUACCACUUCACAUCACGGCAGCUGCAGCAGGUGGCGCCCUGUCCACUGACUUUUGAGUCGACUAAAAAGCCAGCCACUGCCGCCACCUCUCUCCUUCUCUCCCUCCCUCCCUCCCUCCCUCCCUCCCUCCCUCCCUCCCUCCCUCCCUCCCUCCCUCCCUCCCUCCCUCCCUCCCUCCCUCCCUCCCUCCCUCCCUCCCUCUCACUGCAGUUCCUGAUGGACAUAUCGUUCCUCAAGGAGGUGGCGCUUCACUGCCUGCUCGGCCCAUCCUCACCACUGUCCCCCCACUCCCCCCUUUUUACCCAUCCAGUUCCUGAUGGACAUAUCGUUCCUCAAGGAGGUGGCGGCGCGCUACCACUUCACAUCACGGCAGCUGCAGCAGGUGGCCGACACCAGCAUGGAGCGCGCCCGCGAGUCCUUCGACCUCAACCGGUCAGUGCAGGGGUGGUGGGGAUGUUGGAUGCUGGGGAUGAAGAUGGGGAUGGGAAGUGGGAUGGCAGCUGCAGCAGGUGGCCGACACCAGCAUGGAGCGUGCCCGCGAGUCCUUUGACCUCAACCGAUAGGCGUGGUUGGUGGGGCAGUGGGAGGCUGCGGAUGGCUAUGGGGCCCCAUGCAAUGUCGCUCUUGCAUGCAGACCCACUACCAUGCAAACUUACUACCCUGCAAACUCACUGCUUUUCAUACGCGUUCUGCAAUGUGCUGCAGGGAGUGCCCGGGCGAUGA